AGUUCAUGCCGGGCUGGAGUUACUCCCAUCAGGAGGGACGGACUAUAGCUGGGUCAGCUGCGAGCAGCCUGCAGCAUUGGCUUGUGGUCGCAAUGAGUUUGCCUCUCAAUCCAAAACCUUUUCUGAAUGGAUUAACAGGAAAGCCAGUAACGGUGAAACUGAAGUGGGGAAUGGAGUACAAAGGCUACCUUGUGUCUGUAGAUGGCUAUAUGAACAUGCAGCUUGCAAACACAGAAGAAUACAUAGAUGGAGCUUUGUCUGGACAUUUGGGUGAAGUUUUAAUAAGGUGUCAUAAUGUCCUUUAUAUCAGGGGUGUUGAAGAAGAGUAAGAAGAUGGGGAAGUGAGAGAAUAGCAUCUUUUGUGGGGAAUGUUUUUUAUAUAUAUUUCUAGUGUUGAUGAGGGUUUUGAGAAGUGAGGGCUUUUAUACAGUAUUUUUAUACACCACGGAAGGAAGUUUAAAUGAAUACAUUCUGAGGGAUAAACUGGCAGUUCUCUGGAUAUGUAAAAUCACAUAACCUUUGACCAAGCAAUUCUGCUUCCAGGAAUCACCUGGGUCCCUGAUAACUAGCGACAUGUGUUAUGCACCAAGAUGUAUGUAUA